AUGAUUUCUAAUCAAAUCUUUCGUUCUUCAUCGAUGUUAAGUCGUAUUUACUUUUAUCGAUUUGUUCCUGUUCUUAUUCGUUCUGCUUCUAUAUCAACAAAUGAGACCUCAUCAAGUCAAAACAAAUCACCAAGUAAAGGACAAACUGAUGUAAAAUAUUAUGCUGCUGAUAUGUAUAAUUAUACAACAUUUAGUUAUUAUGAUAUUGAAUCAUCAAUGACUAAAUAUCGUCUUCCUCAACCAUCAUCAAAACCCGAAUCAAAUCCACAAAAGAAAUAG